UCUUAGAGCAUUUGUCAAACAAAUAACAAGUCUAAAAAUUAUACCAACGUUAUCAAAACUCCUAAAAGCAAAAAUGAAUAAUGAAUUUAAGAAUCAGGAUAAACUUAGAAAACAAAAAGCCAAAGAAAAUGUAACACCCGAUCAGAGAGAUGCGUGCCUUGCCUGA